AAAAAGUCAAAUUACAAAGUUUAUAUCACUUCACUCAACAUCAUGUGUUUGUUAUGUUAUGAGUUGAUGUUGUGGUACAACAAAAACUAUUGCUAAGUGGAAUAGUAUACGAUUUGUAAUAAAUGAUGGAUCUCGUAAAUAACUUACAAAAUUUACGUUUGGAGAGCUUGGAUUACGGAUGGGCUAAGGCCGUUUCCCAAAGUGAAUAUCUGGAGAUUGAUGAUUUGCCGCCAGAAUAUGAGAAUGCUAUCGAGUCUUUAGAAUUGGAAACAACUUUUUUGGAUAUAAUAACAGCACUGGAAUCAUGGCUGGAAGCAGAAACAGAAGACAAAUCAUGGGCGUAUUUAAGUCAAACAAUUGAUCAUAUAAAAUUAUUAGCACUUAUUGGCUAUUAUAUUGAUUAUGGAUGCAAAAAUGUCUGUACCAGAGAAUAUAGGUUAAACGCUUUAUUAGCAUCUCGGCUCUACUUUAAGUUGUUGAGAAUUCCAGGGUACAAAUCAUACAAUAUUUAUCACUCACAACUAUUUGUUCAAUCACUGACAUGCCUUAGUUUUCCAGUGACUAUGAGUGAUGAGGAAACUAAUUUCACCCCAUCAGAACUAACUCGAGAAAUAAACUCUGUUUUAAAUAAUUUAGUUGAGUUAGCUAAUGACUUAAAAUUGAUUAUAGAAGAUUUACAACUAACUCCUCAUGAUAUGCAUUUUGAAGAAAUUCUGAGCAAUUGUGUUGAAACAACAGCCUAUGGUUUUGUUACAAAAUUACAUGUUGAUAAGAUAUUAAUAUCAACAAUAUCUAAGAAUAUUUACCACAUAAUAGAUGUUUUGCUCUGCAAGUCGAAAAUAAAGCAACAUGAGAUAGCUCUUAGGGUGCUUUUCAAAUGCAUACUUCCUAAGCUUGUUGCUUCAUGCAUGGACAAUCGCAGUAUUAAUAAACAACAUAUUCGACCAGCUUAUGUGACUUAUACAUUUUACAUAAUGGCUAAUUAUGCCCAACCAGCAUUAUCUAGUUAUACAAUUCUUUUAGAACAUCUGUGUUACACUCUAGAUGGUUUGGAAAAAACAGAUGUUCGUGAAAAUCGCGCUGAAUUAGUUACUGGCAUGAUGACUGUCUUAUCUCGGUCAUCUUAUAAAAAAGUAACGAAAUGGAUACUUCAACUAUCGAAGAACUCGAAAUUACCACAUCGACAGCUAGCAGUAGAGAUACUAGCUAAGUUGUUAGCAAGUGAUCAUGAUGAUUCUGGCCCUACAGAAGCGCCAAUUGAAAACAAUGUUGUUUCGCCAGUUGCUGAAGAUCCUAAUAGGGAACCACAGCCAAGCACAAGUACUGCACCUUAUUCAACAGUAGAAAACACCAAAAAUAACAAAAGUAAACAAAACACACCCGAAACAUUUAUUAUCACAGAUGAUAAUAGUCAGUGCAGCCAAGAAUCUGGCGAAAUUCAAGAGAUAGAUGACGAACUGAAUGAUAGUAACAUCAUCCUACGUGCACGCAAACAUAUAAUUCCCCACAUGGAGGUAUUGAGCGCUCUGUACGAACGAGUGCACGACGAGUCGGGCACGCUGCGCACGCGUGCUAUUGCCAUCCUAAAUGAUUGCCUUAAAAGUAAACGUCAGCCGGUGAUUGAUGCCGUCAAGAUGCUGCAGGGCGAGGGCGAGGUGUCGCGACUGACGGCGGUGGCGGCGCGCGCGGUGUGCGACGAGCGCGCCGCCGUGCGCAAGGCGGGCGCCGGCCUCAUGCUGCAGCUACUGCUGGACCCGCCCCACGCCGCGCCGCGCGCCUCCGACCUCGCCGUGUUAGUGAGCCUGUGCCGAGAUGCAAGUUUAAUUGUUAGACAGGCUGCCAUUAAUUCCCUUGGCGAACUAGUGACCGUUAAGCCGAGUGAAUCAGUUAUUGAGGCUUUUCUCACAGGACCCGUGCAUCAAGUCAGCGACCCAGAGAGUAAGGUACAAGAACAAGUGUUGGUUCUUAUUGAAAACGUCAUGAUUGAUAGACUAAGAAAGUUCACAAAGUCAGGAUGUGAUCCAUUGCCUUGGAUGAUCCUCGGGGGAAUGGUGCAACAAAAGAUGAAGAUGCACUUGCAAAAAGUCUGUGUUCUGCUAUCUAAAUUUAGGAAAUGUCUCAACCAUCGUCUUGUGGACAUAUUAAGCACUCACUUGGGUGCAGAAAACAACGAGCGUGAUUUGCAGUGUCUGUUACUUCUAACAAGCUUGGCGCGGCAUGUAGACUACUCAGACGUUGGCUUUGUACUAGAUUACUAUUACAGACUGAUUGAAAUGGAAGAGCUUCAAGACGUGCGUCUGAUGUCACAAACUCUGGAACUGUUAAGCUUGUGGUCUCGGUUUUUGCCAUCAGAAGAUCGAACCUCGCUACGUCAUCACAUCGUGCGCCGCCUUGUUGAAGCUCAAGAUGAUGGAUGCCGAAUAUUGCGUGCUCAAUUGGCAGCUCAUCUAGAUCCCGAAAACUUGAUAUGGGCUGCAGAAAUGAUGCAGAUGUCGGAACAACGCGCUAUGUUGGAUGGCGAUGUGAGUGAGGCGCUUCGUGCGGCUGACUUGUCCCUGGUGGCUCCCGUGCCACCCUCGCCCGGACUGCUGCAAGUCUUUCUCCAUGCUAUCAACGAUGCGCUUCCUGAGUGGGAGGAGGAGCAGAGCGGAGCGUGCGUGGCGGGCGCGGCGCGGCUGUGUGUGCGCUCGCGCACUGCGGCGGAGGCGGCGGCGCCCACCUUCGCACUACUGCUGGCGCGCAGCAACGAGUCGCUCGCCGUCCGCAUCAACUCCCUCGUCGCGCUCAGUGAUAUAUGCGCCAGGUACACGUGCAUAGUAGAGCCGCUACUUGGCACUAUGUGUGACUGCCUGUCCAAGGAGUCCCCUGUCCAGUUACGUCGGAGAGCGGCGCGUGAAUUAACCCGCCUCUUGUUGGGCGAAUAUUUACGUCUCCGUACUCCUUUGUACUAUAGAUAUUGCGCCUUGUUGGCGGAUGAAGAUGUCGACGUACGUGAACCAGCCGAGUACUACGUGUCCUGUGGUCUUACUACUGACACAAUUUACCAUCACUUUGUUGAUUGCCUCCUACAUUACAACCACGAUGAAAAAGAUCGUAUUAGUUUUGACUCCCGUCAGUUGAUCUACGACGUGAUGCUGCAGCGUUUGUCCAUGGUGCAAAGGUUCAACAUCCAGUGUCGGUUGGCGCGCGAAGUAUUAGAGCACGCCGUGGACCUUAUGGAUGAAGAUGAUGAACUGUCUCCCGAAAUGAACGCAGCUCUUCUUGAUACCAUUACUCUGCUCUGCGGGCCCAGGCUGAAACUACCCAAGAAGCCAUCAAAAGCGAGCAAUAACCUCGAGGAGUUGCAAGAAAGAGUAACUACUAACAUCGUGUCACGGAAAAUGAAGAUGACAGUAGCUGAAGUAUUAGUACCGGCAGUGAUAAAGUUAUACUCACGUAUGAAAUCGCGCGGAGGGCAACUAACUACAUAUCUGUUACAACUAUCAACUGAUCUCGUAAAAGACUAUGAAUCGGAGAUCGAAGAGGUGUUCGAAGACGAUAGGGAGCUGAUGAAGCAAGUGAAGUGGUUCCAGGAGUCUAUCGGCAUGGAGCCCCGACUGGGCAACGUGCGCAACUUGGUAACGCGCAGCGCGCCGCCCGAGCCCGACACGCCGCGCUCGUCGCGUCGCCGCGCGCGCGCCCCGAGGGCUCUGCACUCUCCGCGCAAGCGGGCGCUGCGCGUCUAGUGCUAGUACCUUACACUAUACAUCUGACCAAAGAAUUCGUCCUCUCAUGAAUCAACUUCAAGAAUACACUGAAUCGAACACAAAGUUUCAUCGCAAACACGAAUCUUUGCGUUUGAGUGUAGCCGUAGCCUAAGUGUCUCACCCGCGCCACCACAGCAUACAUUCUGUUUAGGUUCACAUUUAUGAGCUAAUUGUUGAACUAAAUUGAAAAAUAAGACAAAGGUCUUCAAUUUUUGGUUGGGAAAUGACACAUGAGUUGCAUAAUACAAGCAAUGACCUGUAGGUACACAUACACUACAUAAAUCAAGUUCCUUAGUGAUGUUGCAUUUCAGGUUUUUACCUGAUUGGGUAUUUGACCUUGCCUUUAAGAUCUAGUCAAAAAUGACGAUUGAAUUGGAAACGCCAUACCUAAAGAUUUAAAAAGAGCGUUGAAGGAAUUUCAACACAUCUAUUCCACAAAAAAAGACUUAAAGUCGAUUACAUUAAUGAAAAGCGAAUGAACACAUGUUUGACUAUCCCAGGACGAACAAACAAGGCAAAUAUAAAUUAAUAUUCGAGAAGCAAAAUGUUACAAACAUUUAAAAAUAAAGAAUGAUCGAAAUCGAAUCUUGGUAUUACAAGUUCGCAACAUAACUAACUGAAAUUACAUGGAGCUGAGGAAAGUGUAUAAUUACUGAUAAUAAUUUGCAUUAAAUUCAAUAUGAGACAAACCACAAACAGUGGCGGACACGGGUGGGCAGAAUGAACUAUUAAUUAUUAUUAUUUUAAGCUAAGCGAGGUAAUGUGUGUAAUCCGCAGAGACUGCGUGGACGAAGCAGCGGUUAAAUUGAAUAUUUAGAAAAUGUUAUUGGCGAUUUGCAGAUAGAUUUAAUAUUGUUGAACAAAAUCCCCAUUCUAUCCCUUUUAUAUCUUAUAUUUUUGUUAACAAAUUAUUGAUUGAACUAAAUUAAAUUUCUAAUUUACUCGUUAUAUUAUGUAAGUAGAUAUUACCUAUUGGUGUUUGUGGAAUACAUCAAGGCAAGAGGAGUGGUUUUAAGAGACAAGCCAGUAUAGAUAUUAUUUUAAUAAAGGAGGAUAUGACAGCAAAUCUGUGAAAAAUUCUGAAUUCUUUAAAGUGACUUCAUGCAAAUUUAUCAUGUAUGUAUUAUUAUUAAACGAUUUGAUUCAUGUUACUUGCAAUGACUUAAGAUGGAAGAUAUCCGUGAUUGAAAAAUGAGGAUGAAAAAAGAAGGCUCAUUUAAUAUUUGGAAUACAGAGAAUAUAUUUUGUCAAUCAGUUGGAUUGGUGGUUUCUGAAACACAUCUGAAGAAAUUCGAAACCCCGAAUAUUCAGUUUUCCAACUGUUGACGGGUUUUGAAUUUCUUCACACAAGUUAAGUAAGGUGCAAAUAAACAUGUUGAGGCUAAAAUCUGGUUUUGUUCCUUAUUCAUUGAAAAUGAAAACUAACCAGUUUGUGACUGACAUACCAAAAUGACCAUGAGAUACUUUUCGAUAAAGAAUCCGAAGGUUAAUAUUUGUUGGUCAUCCGAAUUACGAUGUAGUGUGUUGUACCUAUAUCACGACUGAAAUGAAUGAGGCCCAUGCCUAACGUAUAGCUUGCACCGCGUGGCGCAUCUAGGAAGUGAGAUCCCGUCCGUGUAAUCAGUGUAACUGUGAUAUUUACUUACUGUUGGAUGACAUAGAAAACUAUUUUUCUAGACUGAGCUUGCUUGUUGGAGUGCACUGUAGCUGUUAAUUAAGUAAAUUUAAUAUUAGUAAUAUUUUAUUCAGCUCGCAGUGUUGCUUCUCAGUUUGGUGCGUUGUUGUUUGUUGUGGGUAACUGGUACCUACAUAUACCUAUUAGUGAAUAAAGUGUAAUAAUAUUUUUGACAUGAAUAAAACUAAAAUACUGACUCACAAUUAUCUUUUAUUUACAACUCUGCCCUUAAGAUAUAAAUGCCUCUCUCGUAAAUUAAAGGUAAGGGUUCAUGUAAGUUUGUACAGUUUGUACGAAUAUACAAAUAUGCACGCGUAUGUUACAUGCGUAACUUUAUAGUGUACUAAUCUCUCUUAACACAUUCAUUACCACUACGAUUUUUACAAUGGUAUCUCGGAUGCCGCCAAUUUCUCGUACUCUACGUUGAACUCGCCAGGCGAGUCCAUGGCGCUGGAAUAUUUACGUGGACUCUUUGGGCAAAUCGGUGGCACUGAAUGUUUUAAAUAUAUAAUGACUUACACCUGUUACUGACUUGAAAAAACGAUGUAAUUAAGUAGUACAAAAUUUACGUAAAUUCGUUUGAAUCAGAUAAGUAGAUACUUAUAUAUGUUUCAGUAUAGUGAUCAGAGUUUUCUAAUUUUUGUAUAUCUUAUUUGCCUUAAAAGUUUUUCAAUUUGGGGGACAGUUCCAACUGUUAUCUUUUUUGAUAUCUUUAGUAAUAUAUCGCAUAUCUAUGCUUAUUUUAGCACAUAAUUAUGGAUGUUCAAUGCUGAGCCUGUGGAUAAUAUUACUCACAGGCUCAGCGUUCUAUUCAAUGCUCACCCAGUUUUACAGUAAAAUUAGGAAUCCUGUGAAGUAGUGAGAGAGCUUAACGGCUCUCUGAAAUACACUACACCGGACAUCGUGUCGUACACAGCAUAGUAUUAAUCGCGUGCAUGAUGAGAGGGAAAUAGGAAUAAAAUCGUGUGCCUACUUAUCUUGAUCGUCAAUCCGUUUGCAACUGUUCA